CUUUAUCCAGCCGGGCGCUGACUCUUCGCUGGUGUCUCAUGAGCGCUGUAGAUACGAACUGAGCGCCACAAAAUGCCUCGCAGUGGACUUGCUGCUGGCUCAGCAAGCCCCCGCUCUCCAGUGAGAGAAGCAACUAGCACAAUGUCCCGCUUGUAUCAGCGCUCGUACCCGGUCGUCGACGCUGUCGCGCUGGCGUGCAUUGUAGCUGCCUGGAUACUGAUUCAGAUAUUUGCGACACCAUUUCAUCGCAUGUUCUCCCUCGAUAAUAAAAGUAUCCAGUAUCCCUUCGCUGUUGUGGAGAGAGUUCCCGUCGUUUGGUCUAUCAUUUAUGCUGGGGUCAUUCCGUUCCUUAUCCUCCUCGCCUGGGCAGCCGUGUUCCGUCCCUACCCUCACAAGGUCCAAGUGACCUUGUUGGGCUUUCUCAUCGCGCUUAUGCUAACGAGCCUUAUUACCGAUAUUAUCAAGAAUGCCGCUGGACGACCUCGCCCUGAUCUAAUUUCUCGCUGUCUACCAAGGAAAGGGACCCCCAAGGACUUGCUGGUCCCAUGGACGGUGUGUACUCAAACCAACGAGCACAUCCUCCAAGAAGGAUGGAGGAGUUUCCCCAGUGGCCACAGUAGCUUCUCAUUUGGUGGGCUCGGUUAUAUGUCACUGUUCCUUUCCGGUCAAAUGCACGUGUUCAGACCGAGGACCGACCUCUGUCGCUGCCUCGUAGCCUUUGCUCCGCUUCUCUGCGCUUUGUUAGUUGCUAUCUCUCGCCUGGACGACUACCGCCAUGAUGUAUAUGAUGUUACUUGUGGAUCGCUACUUGGGUUGAUGGUAGCCUAUUUCUCGUACCGACGCUAUUAUCCAGCCCUUCGGUCAGUAACCUGCGACUGCCCAUAUGGGAGAGACGAUAUCAUCGGACCAGAUGGAUUCUCCAAACUGCCUGGUGAUGAGGAACAGCAGCUUCCAGGCUCAGCAUCUGUUGCGCGUCAGUGGGAUGCUCGGGAGUCAUAUCAACUUGCAGAAUCUACAUCCUCUUAGGCGUAGAUGCCAUUUGCCACAUUUUCACCCAUCCUGUUUCUUUCUGUGAUACCCUAGAUUUUUGUGUUGUUAUGUACCGUUACUCUGGACACUCGCCCUUGUGGUAGAGAUUUUAUUGUAUUGUGCGCUCAAUGUUGUCAAUUUUGGAUAUUCAUUACUC